CACGUUUCGAAGCGUUUCGAUAGGAAACUGGUCAGUCUUGUAAAGGAGAGAGACCCGUUAAAACUGUAGGAGCGUAACUCCAAGGAUUAGCAUGAAUACCUGGAACUAGUUGUUGCGAUAUUGAAUUCCAUUGUAGACCACUAAAAAGUUUUAAAAUGCUUCGCAAGACUAUUUCAAAAAAGUGUACCAGAAAAAAAAGCACAAAUAAAUAAUCAAUAAAUAUGUGUAAGAAUAUACAAACGUGAACGACAAAAUAUUGAUGUAUGUACAACUCGAAAUGUUUUGCAGAACACUCUAAUGAGUGAUAAGAAUACGUAUGAUGUAAUAUAUUGACCAUAAACAGAUAUGAUAAAGUGGAAGCGAACCCGAGUUAUACGCACGAGUCCCCUUCAUUCUCAUCAGAGUCUGAAAUUUGUUAAAUAAAGCGAUGGUUAUACUCGCUGCAACCGUUCCUGAAUAAGCAAGAUGCAAGAUGAACAGGCUUGAAGAAAGAUUGAUUCGCGGACAAGGAUUUAUUCGCCAAAUGGAAUAAUACUCCUUUUAAAGUUUUGUAGCAAAGCUUCACAAGAUGGCUAAGAUUUUCAUCUUGAUCACGUUGCUGUUGCAUCAAUUUUGUACUAUGAUACAUAUAUGGUACAAAUCCAUGCUCGGAAUACUUUACAUACACGUUCAAUCCUGAGACACACAAUAUAUCAGGACAGAUUGUAAUUCCAACGCCACCAGAAAAUACAGAAAUUCAUUUAAGGAUAGCUUUAUAUAACACUGAUUUGACAAAAGGGCUCAUUCGAUUGGAGUUGGCACGAUCGUUAAAAGAUACUCUCCAAGCUAUCCAACAAGGGAAACCUCUGUUCUACAAUAUUUAUUUUCCCUCAAAUGAAAAUUUUCCAACGAUAUCCGCGAUAUGGUUCAAUAAUCAACAAUAUUGUCUUGCCUCCGAAGAGUCAAGUGCAAAUGUCAGACCUACUAUGGAGCUGGGACAUAUUGUAUAUCCACCGAACGAAGAGUCAAUUUCACAGAAUUUACAGCCGUGGCAUCGAAAUUCUAGCAGCUAUUACGUAUACAAUCCGACUUACAUUAAUAAUGAUGGAUGCGGUGUCACUAGCUACUACAACGAUAACAUAAAUAGUCUGAUACCCAACGGUGAGAGUAUAUUACCAGGUCAAUGGCCAUGGGUGGUGGCGUUAUACACAAAAAACGAAACGAAAUUGAAACAUUAUUUUCUUUGUACUGGUUCAAUUCUAACAAACAGACAUAUUUUAACAGCGGCGUAUUGUAUGAAGCUCUUUCUAAUAGGUAAAUUUGGAUAUUCCGAAUGGCGCGAUGUCCUUAUAGUCUUUGGAUUAUCAGCGGAACGUAAGUUGAAUAUGAAAGAAACAAUUACACGCAAGAUGUCAAGUUAUACAGUUCAUCCUAGCUGGCACGAAUAUACAGCCGACUCCGAUCUGGCGAUUAUAACUCUAACAAAGUCCGUCGAAUACAGUCCUUUUAUCAAGCCUAUUUGUAUAUGGUCCGGCCCACCUGAUCUCGAGGACCUCGCCGAUAGAACAGGAUAUGUCGUAGGAUGGGGUGAAUUCGAAUUUAAUGUAUCAAAACUCGGGGUACCACGGAUGAUAAGGGUGCCGAUAAUAAAUAAGGAGGACUGUAUCGCGAGCGACUCGCGUUUUUCCUACUUCAUUUCGAACCGUACUUUCUGUGCCGGUUUACGAGAUGGUCUUUUCGUGAAUGGCUAUUGCGAUGCAGAUAUCGGAAGCGGGAUGGUGUUCUUCAACGCUGUCACAGGCCGUUACGAGUUGCGUGGCGUCACCUCGAAAUCGAUACAUCGUGCUGGCAUAUGUUUUAGCAAGCAAUACGUCAUCUUUGUCGAUGUAGCCAAAUACGUAUCCUGGAUUCGAGACCAGGUCUUCAAUUCAUAACGUUAGUUCCUUGUUGCAGAACAUGAAAUAUGCUAGUUGACAAGUGUUUCAUAUAAAAUAAAGAAACAAUAGCUCGAAUGAUAAAAGUCAAACAAUAAAAAGAGAGGGCUCAGAGCCUAGACAGGAUGGUAUAGUGUCAGAGAAUUUUAUUACAUAAAAAAUGUAUACGGUUCGAUAGCAAACUAGACCAUCUUCAGUAUGAAAUAAAGUUAGAACAUUGAUAUGCGAAUAAUACAAAAGUAAAAUUACAUUAUCCGUGAAAUAAAAUAUGAAGUUAGUUAUUGGAACGAAAGUACAUUUAAAGAGUGUAAAUCGCAGUACAUUUUAAUAAAAGCUGUAACAAUCAAAGUCGAAUUGAAAAUUAAUGCUAUGUGAAUCGAGAAAGAAAAGAGGGAAAAAAGAAGAUACGUACUUGGAAACAUUUUUCAUCUAAUAAAAUUCUCUGACACUACCAUCUUGUCUAGGCUCUGAGCCCUCUCUUUUCUAUUGUUUCGUAUAAAAUUUGUCCAAAACCACGGCACUUAUGAAAAAUGGUAAUUACUGUUACGAGUUUGACUGUGAUUUUUUUGUUAUAUUCUUCAAUUAUAAUACAUUUAUUACGACAGUAAAAUAAGAUGCAAAGUAAAUGUAAGUGUAAUUAUCUAUCAUUGUGUGUACACUAUAAAUAAUAAGAAUAAAUCGUGACUUGUUAUAAUGUC